AUGUCACUCACUCCAAUUAGUCUUGAGGUGCCGGCCAAUACCCAUGAUACCGCUGAAAGGGCAAAUGCCUCCCCGUCAGACUUCGACUUUAUCGCCUACCUCCACUCGGUUGAUGCAGCACACCGAUACACAUACAAGGAGAUCUCUCGUCGGCCUUUUUCCAUCACAGUCAGCGCGCGGAAGGAACUCCAUCAGGCAUCUGAUCUCGGGCAAAAUAUCGCCCAGAAUUUCGGGACCUUUCCCGGCCAUCAGAAUAUGAUGCUCACUUACUUCGCAAAUCAUCAGCUGUUGCCCGCAGAUGAAGAUAACAACGAGGCAACUCCUCUGCAAGUCGAAUACUCAGCACUGUCAUUGUUUGCCCUGCCAGAAUAUCCACGACAUUCACCACAGAACCUCUUGAUUAGAUUCCUCUCAAUCUGCCCUCCACGAAGCCAGUCAACUUCUCGCAUUGAUGGUCUUUUGCAUGACAUUAAAAAAAAGAGCGGUGUGAGAAUUCCAGAGCCACUAUUAUACGAUGCCACGGCAGGCGUCCUGACUACAUCCUACUUCAAGGACCUCUGCACUUUGUCCACGUUGUUCAGGUGCAUCUGUUCCGGGGAGAAAUCCGGGACUGUAGACGCUGAACUGGGGGCUGCAAUUCGGGCACUCGUGGGCUGCGAGGUCGCAUCCCAGCUGUUCUUCACAUCUGUGGGCCAUAGGGUCGGCGAAUUUCUUGCCAGGGUACACAAUCCCAAGACCGCCCAGCGACUCAAGCGGUCCAUCCCAAACCUGUCCAACGCCACAGAAGGAAGAUCGGAGCACGUAACAAGGAGGAUCCAGGAAGCAAUUACCCAGAUGCAAGACCGUAUCAAGGAUUGGCCAUCCCUGUUUGCGAACCCCACCGAGUUGAACGAUAUUUGUGAGGCACUAACGGCUGACUCGACGCGGCCAAUUCUUCCAGAUGAAUAG